UCAGGGGCUUUCUAUGGCUAGAGACUACAAGGACAAAUAGCCCCCACCCCCCUACUCUCCCCUCAAUCCCCUUUCCACCUUCCCCCAAACCCCAGAGCUUCAGUUAUGAAGCUGCUGAUGGGGAGAAGAUGGCAGGAGAGGCUGCGGGCUGAAGAUGCGUUGAGCUGAAGGCAUCACCUCCAUCCUUCCCCACCUCAGCCAGGCAGCAGCAACAGCCGGGGAAAAAAAAAAAGCACCAAACCCAAAAACCAAACCGAGAAAAAUGUAAUCGGAGGAGCUGCAGGAGCUGCAGGAGCUGCAGGAGCUGCAGGAGCUGCGCCGGCAUCCCGCAUCCCGCAUCCCGCAUCCCGCACCGGCUCCCAUCGCCUCCAGCCAUUGCCUGUCCUCCCUCUCCUGCGAGACUGAAGCUUUUCCGUCGCCACUUUGGCCCCCUGAGCAGCUUUGUCAAUCAAUGAGGGAGCAUAAUGCUGAACAGCAUCACCGAUGGGUUCCUGUGCUGCCUGAUGGGCAAAGCCACCAACGCCGUGGGGCCGCUGGACAGUGUUGAGUCCACCAACGGCUACAGCUUCAUGGAGGUGAAACCGGGCAGGAUCCUACGCAUCAGGCACAGCACACCCAACCGCCCAGCCUGCGAGGGACCCGAGGAGAGCCCUCCCGGGGACCCGGAGCGGGGCACGGUGCACUGCAAACGGAAGAUCACCGUUUACCGCAACGGGCAGCUGGUGAUCGAGAACCUGGGCGACGCCGUCCGCUCCGAGAUCCUGCCCUGCCACAACGGCUCGGGGGAACCAAACAGCACGGUGGAGCUGGAGCUGUCCGAAGUGGCUGGGCAAAGCCCGGCGCAGGGUGCUGCUGGCACACCGGGAUGCGGUGCCCGGGAAGCGGCGCCCGGAGGCGGCGGCGGCGGCAAACGUCGGAAGCGCAAGCCCAAGAAAGUGGUCAACAUCGACUGCAAGAAGCAGAUCACCAGCUGCAAGGGCACGCACGGAGACGUGGUCCUCUUCUUCAUCCACGGCGUGGGGGGGUCGCUGGACAUCUGGAAGGAGCAGUUGGACUUCUUUACCAAGCUGGGUUACGAGGUGGUGGCUCCGGACCUGGCCGGGCACGGCUGCAGCUCUGCUCCGCAGAUCGCUGCCGCCUACACCUUCUACGCCCUGGCGGAGGACAUGAGGGCUGUGUUCAAACGCUACGCCAAGAGGAGGAACAUCCUGAUAGGGCACUCCUACGGGGUGUCCUUCUGCACCUUCCUUGCCCAUGAGUACCCAGACCUGGUCCAUAAGGUGAUCAUGAUCAACGGCGGGGGGCCGACGGCGCUGGAGCCCAGCCUCUGCUCCAUCUUCAACAUGCCCACCUGUGUGCUGCACUGCCUGUCCCCCUGCCUGGCAUGGAGCUUCCUCAAGGCUGGCUUUGCUCGCCAAGGUGCCAAAGAGAAGCAGCUGCUGAAGGAAGGCAACGCCUUCAACGUCUCCUCCUUCGUGCUCCGUGCCAUGAUGAGUGGGCAGUACUGGCCGGAGGGCGAUGAGGUUUACCACGCCGAGCUGGCCGUGCCCGUGCUGCUGGUCCAUGGCAUGCAUGACAAGUUUGUCCCGGUGGAGGAGGACCAGAGAAUGGCAGAGAUCCUGCUGAUUGCCUUCCUGAAGGUGAUCGAUGAGGGCAGCCACAUGGUGAUGAUGGAGUGUCCCGAGACGGUCAACACUCUGCUCCACGAGUUCGUCCUGUGGGAGCCUGAGACGCCUGCUGGGGACGGGCAAGGGGAGAAGAAAUAGAGCAGCAGGAGGAGGUGGUGACCGGGCUGCUCUGAUGGGAGAGAUGUUCGGGAGCUCAGAAGGGUUGGUGAGGGCAGAGGGGGGCGUGCUGGAGGCUGCCUUCACCGGGAGCUCAGCCCCUUUUCUUUCCCGGCCGGAUCGGAGGCUGGCGGAGGAGCGCGGAGGCUCCCCCCGCGCAGGGCUGCACGGGGCCAGCAGCGGGGACAUGGCAGACCUCGUCCCUGUCGCCUUGGGGACGGUGUGUGGCAGCCGCUGGAGGGUCUUCAUCCUUGUCCCUGUCGCCUUGGGGACGGUGUGGCAGCCGCUGGAGUGUCUUCAUCCUGUCUCUUUGUAGUUUUCUUUUCCUCAUGCAGCGACCUCCCGGGGGACCAAGAGGAGGAGGCUGAGGGGAGACUGCUCCCACCCGCAGCAGAGCUGGAGAUGCUGGGAGAGGUUCCCCGCAGGGAGAGCGCAUCGGCUCCAGAGCCUGCCCGGCCAGCGGGGAGCUGAGCUGGGAUUGCUUUAAGGGGAAGCCAAAGGCUCCUUGGCCUCGCUUGAGCUGCCUACGGGGACAGGAGCAGCAGCACAGCCGACGGCCACCGCCGCUGGCUCCAGCCUGGCGCUGCUGAGGAUCUGCUUGCACAGCUCCUCUCUGCCUGGCCAAGAGAUGGAUGAGGAUGAGGAGGUGACCUGCCCCGCUGAGCACGGCCAGAAGGACCAUCAGCUCCCACGCCACGGUGGGACCGGCACGGCUGUGGCGGGGAGGAGGACGCAGCCAGCCCCCAGCUGUCCCUGGUGCCACCGUCCGUGUGCCCCCAGCCACCCUCGCUUUAGGCUUCUGCAGCCCCCUCCGCCUGCCUCCCGCUGCUCGGAGCCAUCACCGCUGCUCGGAGCCAUCGCCGCUGCUCGGAGCCAUCGCCGCUGCUCGGAGCCAUCACCGCUGCUCGGAGCCAUCGCCGCUGCUCGGAGCCAUCGCCGCUGCUCGGAGCCAUCGCCGCUGCUCGGAGCCAUCGCCGCUGCUCGGAGCCAUCGCCGCUGCUCGGAGCCAUCGCCGCCGCUCGGAGCCAUCGCCGCUGCUCGGAGCCAUCGCCGCUGCUCGGAGCCAUCGCCGCUGCUCGGAGCCAUCACCGCUGCUCGGAGCCGUCACCGCGGCUCGGAGCCAUCACCGCGGCUCGGAGCCAGCACCGCGGCUCAGCACCUCCCGCGGCUCCCACUCCGCUCACCCUGCCCAGCUCCCAGCUCCUCCAAGACACCACCAGGACCUACCCCUGGCUUCCCCCCCCCCCCCGCCUCGCACACCGAGGGACCACCACCGCAUCGCCUCCUUCCCGACGAUGAUUCCUGUAUGGAUCUGCCAGCUCUUGGAGCAGCACAGGAGCGACAGAGCCACAGCGGCCACCAGCUCCCUGCCUGCUGCCAGCCUGCCCGCAGUGCCCGCCGGUCCCACCGCCUCCUGCCCUCUGUGCUUCGCAUCCCUCUGCCCGGAGCUGGGCAGCACCAAGAAGGUACCCGAGAAGCACGGAGCAGGGACCUGGCUGCUGCUGUGGGCUCCCAGCUGGGAGGAGAUGGCCUCAGCCUCCCCCCGCCCCGGGGUGCAGCCUCUCCCCACCUCUCCUCCUCUCUUCUUUCCCCCCAUCUAAGCCAAAGAAACAAUCAGCCCCAGCCACACCUCACCCUUGACACCCCCCCCAGCCCCUGCUGACCUCCCCCCAGGGCUGGCACUGUCCCACCUGGGCAGCCCAGGUUGGCUCGAGGGGCUCCUGGCUCAGCAGAGCUGCUCUGACCCGAGCUGGCACCCACCUGCAAUGAGCCUUCCUCCGGGCUGAGCUCAUCUUCCUCCCAAACUGAACGAUGAAGAGGAAGGAUCCUUCAGAGGUGGCCCCACUGUGAUGGGGACCCCCUUCCCCUCCCCCCUCCUUGUGAGGAGUGUCCCCAAGCAGCCUCCCUCUGUCCCUGCCCACUGCAACCUGUCUCAUAAUGAGAAUUUUAAUGCCCCUGGAUCCAGAUGGUCCCCACGAGCCCCCCCCCCGCCCAGGGGUGCCAGGAGGGCCCCCCCCCAGACACCCCCAUACCCCAACACCUGGCUCUGCCCCUGCUGUGGGAACCCCACUUUGAACCAGCUCCAGCCCACCACGGGUGCCCAGCUGGUGCCCACAGCUCCUCGACCUCUGUCUGCCACCGAGUCUGUGCCGCCUGCCCCCCCCGCGCCGUGCCCCCCCCGCGCCAGCGCCGUGUUAGUGCCACUGCAGCCAGUAAAGCCCUGCCACAUUCUCA